UUAAAUCAGCCCUCAUGCUGUCACAUCCAGUGCAGUAAGCAUGCUUCCUCAAUAUCUCAUUAUCUUCUGAACUAAACUGUACUGUCAGCACGUAUUCUUUAUCAUUCUCCUAAGUGAUAACAGGUUUUAGCUCCUGCAGCAAAAUUAAAGCAUAGAACUUUUGCCAAUGACCCCAUGGCCUUGAGCUUUGAAGCAGAAAUGCUCGUAAAACAAUAAACACCUACCCCCCUUUCAGAAAAACUUGACUAUUAAUGUGAAGGAGUUGCAGCGACUAUCUCCCCUUCAAUCUUUUCCUGGAUUGGAGAUGACCUCUGAAAUGGAGCAUUUCAUUCAAUUUGUUUUGCUUCAGUAAUUUACAACAAACCUUUGAACAGUGAGAAUCUUGUUUAUUUCUGGACACCCGUUUCCAUUGAAGGCUUUUCCCAGACUAGCACAGGGACUACCACAAUCAGCCGUCCAGAAUCAUCUGGACAAAAUAUGAAAUUCAUUGGCUUGGAUGUUUCUUUCUUCAUUCUUUCCACCCUCAUUGCUCUUUGGAAUGCAGGAGCUCAAGACUCUUGUGCACAGCGAUGUGGGGAGCUGCUUGGUACCUGUUCUUGCCAGGUGACAUGCCAGUCCUUGGGGACAUGCUGUCCUGAUUAUAAGGAAUUCUGUCUUCAAAUUUCUCCAUACUCAGGAUCUCUUAUGGGAGGCAAAGACUUUUUGAUUAACAACACAGCUUUUGAUCCCUCUUCUGUGCUAAAAUGCAGGUUCAAGAAGCAAAUCAGAACCAGUGGCUAUAUUGACAAGGAUGGAAAAGCCCACUGCAUCUCCCCAUUGCUUUAUGAGACUGGUUUCAUCCCUUUUGAAAUUUCUACAGAUGCUGGGGCAACGUUUCCCUACUCUGGAACUUGGUUAUCAGUACAUCACAGCAAAGUUUCAGAUGAAGAAAAAUGCACAUUGGUAAAUGAGACAAAAUGGCAAUACUAUGGCACCUCCAACACUGGUGGAAACUUAACUCUUACCUGGACACACCAGACACUUGCAGCAACCCACGUCAACAUAGAAGUCUGGGGAUACCAGGAAACAGGUGACAGUUAUUCAGAAAACUGGAGGGGUGAAUGGAAAUACCUUUAUACUUUGGCAAGAGAAACCCCCAAUACAGGGAAAUAUUCUUUCAUUCCUGUACCUGCUGAAGGAAAUUACAGUACUUGGGACUAUGGAAUUUUGAGAAUUAUACCCAGCAACUAUUUUGAUGGGCAGAGCAACAUUCCAUCAAUCUGGAGCUCAGACCAUGCAUUGGCUUGGCACCUUGAGAAAGCCUUCAGAAAUGACCCAAAAGCAUGGGCAACUGCAAAAUGUAUGGAAUGGGACAGAAAGGAAGAGUUGCUUCCAAACUUCCUGGAAGAGAUUAUAGACUGCCCUUGCACCUUGGCACAGGCAAGAGCUGACACUGGCAGGUUCCACACAGAUUAUGGCUGUGAUAUUGAAAAGGGGAGCGUGUGUACUUAUCAUCCUGGUGCUGUGCAUUGUGUAAGAGCUAUUCAAGCCAGUCCCCAGUAUGGGGCUGGCCAGCAGUGCUGCUAUGACUCCACGGGAACCCAAAUCCUCACGCGCGACUCCACCGGAGGCAGCACACCUGAUCGAGGACAUGACUGGGGGUCAGCACCUUUCUUGAAGCCUCCUCGGAUACCUGGCUUUUCCCACUGGCUUUAUGAUGUUAUCAGCUUCUAUUACUGCUGCCUGUGGUCUGAGAAUUGUGACUUCUAUAUGAAAAGGCGGCCCUCUAGUGACUGCAGGACGUACCGCCCUCCCCGAGCUGCAUCUGCUUUUGGGGAUCCUCAUUUCUUUACAUUUGAUGGUCUGAACUUCACCUUCAAUGGCCUAGGAGAAUACACAUUGGUAGAGUCUGAUCUCACAUCCCUGAGAGUGCAAGGGAGGACACAGCAGGCACACUUUUCCAAUGGAACUGGGGCUCAGGGGACAGGCUUGUCUGCAGUGGCCAUGCAGGAGAACAGCUCUGAUGUGAUUGAAGUGCGCUACUCUGAGGAUUUGCACCUGGAGGUCCUCCUGAACCAGAGGGUUCUCAGCUUCUCUGAACAAACCUGGAUGGACUUGAAAGGUCUCUUUCUCUAUUCUACACCUGAUCAGAACAUCACAGUGAUGUUCUCUUCUGGGUCUGGAGUGCAAAUAAGGGGAACUGGAGGAUUUCUGACCCUGACAAUUCUGCUCCCAGAGGAGUUUACAAAUCACACAUGGGGUCUCUUUGGAGUAAUGAAUGGCAAUCCAGAGGAUGACUACACCUUCAAGAAUAAAACCACCAUGUCAGUUCAUGCAAGUCCCCAGCAGGUGUUUGAAUUUGGAGCUAGCUGGGCAAUUGAAAAUGGAACUUCUCUCUUUACUUAUGACACGGAGUUCUUACUGAACAGUUUUGUUCAUGGGGACAAGCACAAUGCCUCCUUUCUGCCCGUGUUCUCCCCCCAUGAGGACCCUGCUGAUCCCCUGCUAGAAGAGAUGGUCUCACACUGUGGCUCUGACCCAUUCUGCAGAUUUGAUGUCCUGACCACAAGAAGCCUUCUAGUGGGAAGUUCCACAAGACUUUCCCAUCAGAAUCACAAGCUGCUGGUAGAACAUCUAGAGCCAGUGAUCUCUUGUGGCUGGCUGGAUCAUCCAACCAAUGGAAGAAAGAAUAAUACUAACUACCUGCUGGGCUCAACCAUCAGUUUCACCUGCAAUGAGGGCUAUGAACUCACAGGAGGGUCACAGGAAAGAACUUGCCAAGUGUCAGGAGCCUGGUCAGGAGACACACCCCAGUGCAGCCCAGUAACAGGUAUCAAACAAGUAAUUGUUAUUGGCAGUGUAUUUGGAAUAGUCGGCCUUGCAGUCCUGGGACGUCUGGGUUAUUUAUGCAGAAAGGAGAGGUAAGACUUAACUGAACUGAAAACACAAAUGAACCUCCUAAAGAAAUAGCAACUGUUAUGACUUUUUAAAUAAUAAUUUAAUAACGACAACUGGCAACAAACUGCCAGUGUGCUACAGGUAAAAAAAAAACGCAACUGAUGUGUAAACACUGAACAACUGUAUGUGAAACUGACUGGUGGGGAAAGAGGGCAGCAUAGUGAAUGAAAAUGGUUUUGCCUAGGAAUACUGGUGGACUGAAAUGGAGAUAUGGUGGAUUUUCUGAACUUUGUUAGCAACUGUUACAAAAUUUUAACCCUUCUCUGUUCCAGUGUCCACAAGUGAUAGAAUGCCAGAUAAAAUGGAAUUGAAAUUGAGUGAACGGAAACAAAAUGGGGUUACGGCCCUUGGAAAGAAGACUGUAUGUGUGAGGAAGAACUAAAUACUUCUGAACCUGUCACAAAAAACCCCACAGUGCCAAGCUAACAGAACACUGCUAUUGUUUUUCAGUAUUUCAUCACUUAAAAAUGCUACAUUCACUACGAAUUCAGCUCAAAGAAAUAAGAAUGUGGCAUACUAUGCUGUGAUAUUAAAAUUUAUGUGUAAAGCCAU